GGAAUCUAUAUGAUUUUGUCCAACAAAGAAGUGACACGUUUAUCAAAUACACAUCAGCAGUAAUAUAAGCAGUGACGUUUGUCCUCAAGUGAAGUGAAGCUCGGUGUGAUCUCCAGCUGUCAGUGACAGGAAGUCAGAUUACACACUGAACACUGCCUGUGUACUUACGGCGUAAACAGAUUACCCGUUCUUUCCUCGUUUUCUGUCCUAAAACACACACACACACACCUACACACAGACUUAAAUCAUGUUUUCCCUCGUGACUCAGCGUCUGGGUGGACUCUCUCUCCCUCACUCCACCCUCGCUGGAGGGAAGGGCGUCAUGCGGAGCAGAUUUACAGCCGUCUCCACAUCCACGAGCUCAGCUCUUUCUCUCAGAGAUCACCGAGCCGAGAGUCAUGGAGGUCCGCCUGCUGCUCCUCGUGUCCUCUCUCUCCGUGUUUCACUUCAGCGGUGCUGAGCAGCCCGUGCAGGAAGACAUCAUUGUAGCAAGACAGGUGGAGCUGCUCGGCGGCUGGACUCUCGCCAGUCCGGAGAGGGAAGAUGUUCAGGAGGCUGCUGAAGAAGCUGUCGAGGUCUUCAACUCCAAAUCCAAAGCUAAGAAAUACUUCAGACUCCUCAAUGUCACAUCGGCCAGCACUCAGGUGACAAAUAAGAUGAACUACAAAAUAGAGGCCACUCUUGGAAAGACAAAAUGCAGCAAAUCAGACGAUACAAUUAUUAAGGCUUGUGGCAUGACCAAAAAGCAACUGGCGUGUAAGUUUGAGGUGAGCCUCGACCUGAUGACCGAUGACCAUGAGGUGCAGAAGAUGUCCUGCAGAAGAUCUGCUUGAACUUCACAUGGACUCCAAGUUGUGACAGUUUUGUAACUUUGGAUAGCGGACCACAUAUUCUUUAUCUUAUUUUUUUUUCUUUCUUUUUUCUGAGAUUAAUUUGAUCCAAAAUGGAAUUAUUUAAUUUCUAAAAAACUAUUUAAGGAGAAAAAAAACAAUUUGAAAUUAAUUUUAUUUUGAUAAUUAUUAUUAUUAAUGAUUUUCUUUGUUUUUUUAUUUUUAUUAAAUAAAUUAAUAAAUUCUAUAGUAAAGUGAGAUCAUUAUUUAUACAUAAGACUUUUCAAAAGCGAAUUAUGUGAUGAUAAUUAUACAUAAUUAUGUUAUGUGUAGCUCAAUUGGUAUCGCACUGCGCUAUGAAGCGCAAGGUAGGGGGUUUGAAUCCCUGGGAACACAUGAAAGGUAAAAAUUGAUGGCCUGAAUGCACUGUAAGUCGCUUUUAAGCGUCUGCUAAAUGCAUAAAUUAGUUAAUUUAAUUUAAUGUUUUUGAGUCUCGACUCUCCCGUUGACAGAUGUCAGGUGGAACUCAAGUAAACUGAAUCUUUUCCAAGAAUAAAACCUUGAGAACGUAAACCA